UGUUUUUGAUUUACUUUUGAUGAUGGCUCUUUAUCGUAUACCGUCUAAAGUAGAUGAUAGAUUGACCUCGGAGUCCUUUUUAUAUGAUGCCGUAACAGAAAUGGGACUAUAUCGAUAUCCUAUUGACCAGAAUACUUUUCAAGUCCUAAUUCCAAAAGUAUUUGUUGGAAUCUUCAAGAAGGACCCUUCCGUAUCUUCUUUGGAAAAGAUACUUCUUGGAUCACUUGAUGUAGAACCAGUAGAUUGUUUCUUCUAUUCAAAGUGUCGUGUAUUUGAAGGAAUUGUUGCUUUACGACUAGUUUUGAUGUUGUCUUCAAAGAAUCGAAAUGAGUUGAGGGAAUUGUUGUGUCAAUUGUCUCCAAUAUGGAAACAAAUGAAACUUCCAAUCAGUACAAUAUCACCUAUUCACUAUAUCAAGUCUGUCGUUAGUUCUAGAGAAACAAGAAAUGAAUCGAACAAGAGUCGAAGAACUUUUGCCAAUACUGAAUGGAAUAAGAUUAUUCGAGAGACACUUUAUUUAGAGACUAUUUACAUUCCUUUGGACGCUACUUCUCAUAGUCCUGAUAUUAUAUUCAAAUUACAAUCUCCUGUGGAACCCAAAGUUCUUACUGUUGGAGUUGCUUGUAAAGGACGCUGGAAGUCGGAAGGAAUUGGCUGGUCAGAUAUUAUAGAUGAAGCCAAGAAAUUUUUAGAUCCUGUUUAUGAUCAAGUCUUAUCCAGUGCAAUGGAUUAUCAUCAUUGUAUGCUUAUUAUCGUUAGUACAAAGUUAUCAUUGAAUGUUUCUAAUGAGUUGGGUAGUCAGAGUCGUUGUUACUCCAGUGGAAUGUUUAUUGGAAAUGAUUCUUUCAAAGUACCUGAUAAUUGUGAACUUGUUAUUCUUUGUGAAAGAGAUGUCCAAAUGCUGAUUGACGACGAAAUUUUGAAUGGACUUGAAAGAGCAUUUCAUGUUUCUCAUAAUCCUACUUUUUGGGAUUUUGGAUUAGAUUUACUUGAUAGAAUCCGUAACAGUUUCUUAAGUUGGCAAUAGAUUCUAACUCAGUCCUUCACUUUGUGAUUUGUUUUGAAGAGCAAAUAAACUUUUUUUUGGUAUGUUUGAAACUCGGUUACAACUUAUUUGCUUUCACUCUGAGGAUUAUUGUAU